AUGAGCAUCACGUGCUUCAUCGACAAGCUUGACGCAAAGAACGCCGAAGCCAACAGCCUGAAGGCGGAGUUGGAAACGCUCAAGAAGGCAGGACCGGCGUCCAACAAAGUACCCGUCCUUAAGCCAACAUAUGCCGAUAAAGUUGCGAGCGCACCGAAAGCCGCGGUCACUACCGCGUCUAAGACCAAAAAAGCAAGUGAAAAAGAGCAGCUUAAAAAGAGUAGGAAGGUUAAAGCUACGUCGCGCUUCAUGGUAGAAAUACCAAAUGAUAUGACAGUGGCCAACGCGAAAGCAGGAAUAUGGGAAACUGUUAGGUCAAAACUUAAGAACCCUAGAGCAAAGACCAUCGUAAGCGGAAAGUCACUAAUAAUCAUACCGGACGACGCUAACACGUUGGAGGUGAUGAAGGGCCUCGAAUAUGUGAUAGAGAUUAGCCCGAGGAAGCCGCGGAUCAUUUUAUAUGACGUUGAGAGCGGGAUAACAAGCGAAGAGCUAGCCGAGUGCCUCCUGGGUCAAAACCCAGAACUCGGGCUGACCGCUGAAGAUGUGGGGUGUAUGACUCCUCUACACAAGCUGGGCCCCCGAGACGGCCGCGUUGUCCAUUGGGUCAUUGAAGCACCAGCGAACGUUGUAUUAAAACUGGAAAACAAGUCCAUAUAUAUUGGUAUGACCCGCUGUCGGUGCAAGGUGCACAGCUCUACCUCACAGUGUUACAACUGUCAGCAAUAUGGUCAUACGUCGCUGAGGUGCGAACAGAAGGUUCCAACUUGCAGGCACUGUGCAGGCGCCCAUGACUCUCACGAGUGCAAAGAUGAAGCGGUGAAGUGCGCGAAUUGUAAAGUACCGCACAAAGCGUCCAGCGCAGCAUGUAAGGCCAGGACCCAGGCAGCACGUAGCCUUUUAAGGCGAACGGACUUCGGCUCGCAAUGA